AUGGUUUUCCUUCCUGUAGUAUUCAUCAACAUAUCAGACUGUCAACAAGCUCUUGGCAUGGAAAAUGGUGCAAUCACUGAUGAACAAAUCACAGCCUAUUCCAUCUGGGACUAUAAUUAUGCUGCGUCUCAAGCCAGACUAGACUUAAAAGUAAAUCUUCAGUGGAAAUCUGGAGCUUGGGUAGCUAAGAAAAAUGAUGUUCAACAAUGGCUACAGGUGGAUCUAGGAAGUCAGUACGCCAAAGUUACGCGUGUAGGAACACAGGGGAGGGAUGGUUUUAACCAGUGGGUAAUCAAAUACAAGCUGCAGUAUGGUAAUGAUGAAGCUGAACUUCAAUUUUACAAAGGAAGAGGAACAAAUUUAGACAAGGUUAAAUAA